CCCACCCGCAGCACCCGUCGCAGCCGGGGGUUGCACCUGGCCCAAGCGAACUUCGCUGGGGGUCUCGGUCUCGCCUGCCUGCUGGCCGGGGCAGCCACGAGGAGGGGGACUCCGGCGCCCGCCCAGCCGGGUCGGAGGGGCAGGAUGGCGGCGUCGACCCGCUGGGUGCUGUGCCUGUGCCUGGGCUGGGGCUGCCUGUGCCUGGCGCUGGGGGACGUGCUGAAGGCGCGCCGGGUCGGGCUGCGGCGGCGAGCUGCCCCGGGAGGAGUGCGGGGCGGCCGGGCGAGAGCCGCGGCAGGUGACUACGGCUUGGGGCAGCGGCAGGAGGAGCGGCGGCGGCCGGAGCGGCUGCAGCCGGGGGACAAGGUCUCGGAGCACAUGCUGCGGCUCUACGACCAGUACAGCGGCGGUCGCGGGGGGCGGGCGGCGGCGCCGCGGCCCCACGACCCGCCGGGGCUGCCCGCGCCGCACCCGCGGCAGGGCAACACGGUGCGCGGCUUCCGCCCGCUGGCAGCAGGGAGCCCUGAAAGCCAGGAGAUGUACAUUUUUAACUUGACGUCACUCACAGAGUCUGAAAACGUCUUGUCAGCUUCGGUGCAUUAUUAUAUUGGUGAUCUGCUGCAUGCUAAGUGGAACUGUUCCCAAUCUAGAGGCUGUUUUCGUCACGGGCAGGGGAAACCUGAAAUUCAGAUACAUCUUUCAGUUUGGGCCUUUCCUUUUGUUGGGAACCAGACUCGGAGCCUGGGACAUUUCCUAAUAAAUGUCUCCACUGCUUACCAGGAUGUCCUUUCCUGGCAGCGGAAGGAUAUCACUCAGCUCCUGCAUGAGGCAAAACAAAACAACGAACUCCUGAUCGGCGUCAAAAUGGAUCUGACCAGCCAUCGCUCCUGGAAAAGGGCACCUUCUCGCUAUGAACCCUACAUUCUGAUUUAUGCCAAUGAUUCUGCUAUUUCAGAGCCAGAGAGCGUUGUCUUUAGUUUGCAAGGGCACCGUCAUCCUCUGGCAAGGGUCUUUCCCAGGCCAGAAAACCACGUGAGGAGCAGCCUCGGGAAGCGGCGGCGAAAACGCUCUGCAAAUGUCCUGUUGCCGUUGCAGAAUAAUGAGCUUCCGGGAGCCGAGUACCAGUACGAUGAGGAUGAGAGAUGGGAAGACAGAAAACCGUACAAAACCUUCCAGCCACGGUUAGCAGAGAGGGCAAAGAGUAAGAAAAAGCAGAGGAAGAAUCAUCACCAGAAGAGCCAGACUCUCCAGUUCGAUGAGCAAACACUGAAGAAGGCGAGGAGGAAGCAGUGGAACGAGCCAAGGUAUUGCGCCCGGCGCUAUCUCAAGGUGGAUUUUGCAGACAUUGGCUGGAGCGAGUGGAUUAUUUCUCCUAAAUCCUUCGACGCCUAUUACUGCUCAGGGGAAUGCCAAUUCCCAAUUCCAAAGGCCUUGAAGCCAACCAACCAUGCCACCAUCCAGAGCAUAGUGAGAGCCGUCGGGGUGGUCCCGGGCAUUCCUGAGCCUUGCUGCGUUCCUGACAAAAUGUCUUCUCUUAGUAUCUUAUUCUUCGAUGAAAACAAAAACGUGGUUCUUAAGGUGUACCCCAACAUGACAGUGGAAUCCUGUGCAUGCAGAUAACAUCUAGGGAGACCCUUUUGAAAUGCUGAGGUGAUCACUUGCUAUUUGGGGCUGGGGGGAGGGGGGGAGCGUCAUGAUAACUACUUUUUGUUUGCACUGCCAAUGCAUUUCCUUUGGACAAAAAAGAAAAAAAUGUAAACAAAUCCAAACCAUGAGGAUGGAAACGGAAUGGAUUCUGAAUAGCAAUUCCAAGGAAAAAGAAUACAAACUUCAUUUGUCUCUGAACUUGACCAAGACACAAGUCUUGGCAAUGGGACCGACUGUUUCUGUUGAAAUCAAGAGAUCAAAGAGGAGUUUGCAGAAGACUCUUCAAGAUAUUUGAGACUGCCAGAAGGACAUACUGGUCUAUUUUUGUACAAGAUUUUGGAAGCAGCGGUAGCUGUUAACUUUUGUCUCCGUUCUUACAGUGAGUAAUAGGGAGGGAGAUUAGAAAUACAUUAGUCUUCAUUUUAAAGCUAAGCUUUCUGCCUUAGGUUAUCGAGUAGUGCAGCAAGGAAGAAAAACAAAUACGACAUCCUAAGAGCCUUAGAUAACACAGCUUAAGACAUACGUCUCCUUGGUAUGGCACGUCACCGAAUGCAUGUGUGUAUUCAUUUUCGUUGACGUAUUCUUCGUAAUUCAGCUUAUUAGAUGUCAGUGCCCUCAGUCGGAAGGACGCAAAACGCAUUACUGCUGUGUGCAUAACGGCGGUGUCUCAAAAGCAGAGACUUUUCUUUCAUGCCACUAUGGAGACUCAGCAGGCCAAGGGUAUGAAAGUAUCGCACUCGGUGAAGCGUCUGAGUGACUUGUUCACAACACAUGUUAUGCAACAUAGUUGCAAGUAAUCUAUGAGUAAAUCAUGGUAGUUGAUUCCUGACGUGAAAUUAUUUGGUGCAUAGUUCUUAUCUGUAGGUGUUCACUAUGAUUAUUUGGUCAAAACUGCCUCUGGGUGGUGAGUUUAUUAAUCAGAUGGUAGAAUUUUUUUUUUUUUUUUCCUUAGUUCACUUCUACUCUGAAAAUCAAAUUUGUUGUACCUAUGCUGUCAAUUUAAGAUUUCUUACUAGCAGGUUUUGCACAAUAAAAACGCAAAAUGUUCUUUCAGUGACUUAAUCCGCCAAAAAAAUUCAUUUGAGAAACUACAAGCGGGAGAGAAAACGUCUGAUGAAUCUCAGGCACGGUUGCGAAAAGCUUGUUGUGUUACGGAGUGUAUGUUUGCAGAAGACAGAACCCCAGUUCCAUUUCCAGCAGCGCGAUCUAUAGAGGAUGAUGCUUUGUAAAGCACUUAUGGCUGGCGAGAGCGAUGUUUUAGUUUGCGCUAAGAGUAAACAUCAAACAGUCUUUCCCAUAAGUUAUCUACAUAACUGACUCUCUGAAAUAGUGUAUUUAAAGGGCACAUAUUCAUAGGGAAUAAAUUAAUUCCCCAUCAUCAUGACAGUUCAAUUCUCUACUUUGGAGUCAGCGAUUCCUCAGCGUAUUGAAGGUGACAGCAGUUUUCCUAUGUACGUGCCUUUUUGCAGCUUCAUAGCUAUUUGAGGCUAGUUUAAACACUCGGUCGUUGAUUUUUGUAUUUUGUCACUGGUGCCGUCGCGAUUACCAACCUGAAUAAUGCGCAUGUGGAAGGGUGCGAGAGGUGUGGAGGUGGAAUAGGUAGCCUAGGGAUCCUUUCAGCAGUCACUUUUUACCUGCACAAAGUCUCAGUGGAAGCUGACAGGAAUUUAAGUUAAAAAAAAAAUUAAAAAAAGAAAAUAAAAGAAGAGAACCACCAGUUAGUCCCAGAUGCAGGUUACGAUUGCAGCUCUUCCCUUACCCUGUUUGAACAGCAUACCCCUGCAGUCAGAUUCCCCAAAUGCCACCGGAUACGUGUUUAUUGGCUCCAAUUAAGCAACACUGAUUAGCACAGUUAUCUGACCUGGUUGCUGUGUGUUAGGAUUCCAAGAGCUCUGUAGCGAUGUAUCGUCGUGAAGGAUGCGUUCCCUGGAACUGGAAGAGAAAAGUCUCCGUUUCUAGAGAACAAGUGCCAUCUUCAGCAUACAGGAGCAGAAGUGCCAUCAAAACCAAGCGCUAAGCCUGAGCGAAGCUGCGUACGUUUAGAUCGAGGUUCAUUUGAUCCUCUUCUAUACGCAGGAGAGAAGUUCGACGUUCUGUACGCUAAUUGGGUGGACUUAGAAAUGGAGGAAAAAAGCUGUAAUUUUCUCCUGGCACAAAAGACAGACACUUGCAGACAACUGGGAGCUUUUCACAGCUGUGUCUUAGUAAUGAAAAAGAGCCUGUCUCUCUGGUGCGGAGGUGUGUGAGUUCCCGUCUUGACUUUUACGGAGAGGCAGAAGCAGGGAUGCGCACGGGCUGCCCGUACCGUAGGGUUCACCUUUUAAUCCACUGGUCCGCUCCUGGGCCUGGUGUCAUUAGGACACGUGGGGGAUGCCGUUGGCUAAGCUGGAAGCAGGCUCGGAUUCUCAGUAGACAUCGGGCCCUGCAAGCAGAAACAGAUACGGUGGUUUCCAAUAGUUGUCUUGUUAAGAGCUGCACGUUUCUUUGUUCAAGGUGAGCUGGCUGGUGAUGAGUAACGCUCUCAUUGCCAAAAUCAUUUCCUUCACGGUAUUUUCGAGGCUCUUGAGGUGCGCGCUUCUUGUCCUGCGUAGAAAGGCAGGAGCUGCGCGGUAGCCCUCGAAGGCUGUAUUUUUCCUCGCGUCGCCCUGUGCUGGGAUUACAGCAUGUUCCUUCCUUAGAACGCCACCGGACGACACCUUCCCAAACACGGCACAGAGGAGUAAGUACCUCGCAGCUUUCUAAUGCCCCGUGGGAGGGCUGGGGGGCGUCAUUCCACUGCAAAUGAGACUGCUGCCUGGGAGAAGGGCAGUCAGUCCCCCAGGAAAACGCUGGGGGAACGGGCACCCCGCGAGUUGAGGUGUUGCUAAGCCUGGGGAUGAACUGCUUGCUGGGGAUGAACUGGAGCGUUUGGCUCUCAGGCAGAAGGUCAGGACUGAGCUGAGCCCAGCUCAGUCUGUGAACGGUGUCUGGUACAAGCAGUGCCAGGAACAGGGCUCCUCAGAGGAAAAUGCAGACUCCCCCUGGCCCCCCCCUUGGAUGGUAGUGGAGUUACCCGGAUCAGAAUAGCCUGUUGGCAGCCACGCUUCCCAACUUCUGUGCUCCAGAACAGAGGCGUUAAUGAAAUACAGGUGUUUCCCCAGCACAGCAGUCUGGGGCAGCCGUGCUCUGUGUCGCUCUUUGGGACUGAAGCCGAGUUCAAGGCUACAGGCAAUGCUUUCCAGUGCUGUGAUGGGACAGCCUGGAAGUGACCUUAAAAGCAUCACCCGAAAACAAGCGCGAGUAUGUUAUGCUUGGUUUUCACCGGGAUACAGCCAGACUUUGUUGUGAACCAUGUCGUGUCGAAUCAGUACAAUCUUCCAAGGAAAAUGUGAUUUGCCUCUUCCAAUCCUACACGGAGAGCAAUGUCUGCAGCUAACCAUAUAGAAGUGAGACAUUUUAUGCCCACGAGAUGUUUUGCCUUUGUAUCUGUACGUGAAACUUUCUACAUAAAGCCGUGUCUAGCAUCAGUAAUGUAUUAAUCGCACAGGCAAUGAUUUCUGUAUAUAACUUGGUUUUAGCAGUGACCUCCAAAUAAUUUCCAACUCAUGUUACUAAUCACGAUUUUAAUCUCAACUAGGCACGAGGGGCUUUUCCCACCUGUUCUGUUUUUUGAAACACUAUUAAUUGAUAUAUGGCUCUGUUUUGUAUCUAAUUAUGUAGUAUCUGAUGCCCAUGCAUUAUUUUUAUGGCUGUCUCAAAAGAUGGGCAGGAGAAUGUCUCGAGCUACACAAGCUCUCUCUUCAGAUAGGCUCUUCUGGGAGCACGGUCCCCAGUGAGGAGCUGACCGUGAGGAGGCCGCUGCAGAAAGCUCUUGAAAAUGCCACUCUUGGAGGCUGAAUAGGGAAACUCACGGUAAGUGUGCAAAACACAGAGAGCAAAAUAAAACUGCUUAUCCUGCAAUGCGGUACCUUGGCCCAGGAGAAUUGCCUGCUAGAACCAAUGAUGCUGUUCCCCUGAACGGGGUCACGAGGCAGGCUCUGUUUCUUCCUUUGUCUGGGGGUGCUGAACUUGCAAGGAGCAGAGCGCCUUUCGUGAGGUGCCGACCGGCUGUGGGGUUGCAAGUCACUGUGCUCUGCCGCAGGGUUGGCCCAAAAGCUUCAUGUGCUCACCUCUGAGGAGAGCGGCAGCGGUUUGCAGGAGACUGACGUUUUGUUCAGCCGCCCAUUUCUCCUUGUAAAAACAGCUUUUUGAAAUGAUUUCUUUUGAAAGGUUAUUCUUUGUACAGACGAUGUCAAUUUAAAAAAAUUAAAAUUACCCCCCCAAAAGAAAGUUAUCUUGUAUAUGGAAAGAAACUUUGACAGAUGCUUUUAAUUUAUUUUAUAUCUGUGGCCAUCUUGUCCUUUUAAUGUUUCCUUCUUUAUCUCGGUGCUCUUUAAACAAUACAGUUUUCUCUGUCGUCGCAAAGAUGAAAUGCUAGGACCGUAGUCAAGUGUGCGAGGACAGGUCGUAGCCACACUGUGAAGGGCACGUUUCACUACUGAUGUAUAAGCUUGCCUGAUUUGUAUUUUUUUCUCUUUCAAUAAUGGGAAAGUGUCGCUAGGAACUCUGGAGAAAAUAUAAAAUAAAAUCAGUUUUUACAUGAAAA